GCAGAGUCCACCACCAUCGAACGUCCUCUUUACUCAAAAGAUUUAUUUAUUUAUUUAUUUGGCUUUGUUUGUUGGAUUCUUUAAUUGGAGGAAAGUUGAGUUGAUAGAACAACACGAGAUUGGGAGAAGAGAGACAAAGAGAAGUUUGAAAGGGAACGUGGCUUGAGAAGGCGACAGUCAGCCAGAGCGAACGAGCCAUUGCCCAGCCUGACCGCUCACACCAACGCUGAGGAUAGCGACGAGAGGCUACUUAUACAGUCAUCCAACACCUUCAACCUGCUUUCCAUUCCACUCUCAACACCAUCGCUCACAACACAAUAUCGAUAUGGCAUCUCAGAAAUAUGACGCUCCCGGUGCACCCCCAGCCUACCCACAAUCACCGCCUCCCGCCCACACCGACUCCUCCUCACCCUAUCCACACUCGGAGUCCCCCUACCCACCGCCCGGCCAACCCCAACCCUACCAACAGCCAUACUACGGAGGCACCAACUCUCCUCCGCCCGCAAACGCAGACUACUACGGCGCAUCACCGAAUCCGUAUCAACAACAGGGGCCGCCCGGCCCGUACCAACAGGGACCGUAUGGGCCUCCCCAGCCGGGCAUGUAUUAUCAGCAGGGACCGCCACCGCCGGGGGGCUAUUAUGGGGAUAGGAGGGGUGGGGGGGCUGGAGGAGGAUUGGCUGCCGGGCUGUUGGCGGCGUUGGCGUGUUGUUGUUGUUUGGAUUGUUUGUUUUAAGGGAGGGAAUAGCACGGGAGUGGUGAGGAUAUAAGAAGAUGCUAGGGAUGGAGGAGAGAGGCGGUAUCUUGCGCCUGCUGGACGGGUUAAUACUUGGGAUGAAUCUCUACAUGUUUGUGUGGGCAGAAAAGUGACUAAGAUGCCGUCGCUUUGUCAUUUGGUUUCCUUUGGCAUGGAUGGAAUAAAACUGAGGAUGGUAGAAUCGCGGAUUGGGCUCGGUUUCUUUGGCGUCGAAUUGCGGUACUGUGUGUACUCACAGUUUUUUUUGAGUUUUUUUUUGCAAUGCAUAGGUAUAUAUAAUCCUUAAAGAAUGUUGAUUGUGGUUGUGGCUCAGUGUCUCUACACCUGUUGUAGGAUGGGCUAGAAUGAUGGCAUAAUCAGGAACGGAUCCUGCCUUGCGACUGAUUUCUGUCUUACUUUCCAACACUAUCGGAUGAUACUAUAGAAUACAAAUGUUAUCAGGGGGAAUCUAG